AUGGCUACCAUCGAGCCGCGUCUGAUCCACCUCUUGAACGACGAUCCGACAUCCCCGGAGCUCCCCAACACAGACUUGCUCCCACUGCCAUCGCUGCCCACGUUACAGCUGCCGCCCUUGUCCGGGGCUCGCGAUGGGCCUCUGCCGCCGCUGCAGCUCGAGGGCCUUCGGGCAGAUAGAUUCUUUGGCAGUGCUGGCCGGAAUGCCGUUGUUCCCGGUCCUAGCAGCGGAGCUCCGUUGGCAUCACCAUUCAUCGGAGAUCAGUCGAAUGCCUAUUCAGAUUACAGGAGAGACAACGACUUCUCCAAAGAAGGCAAAUAUGCCGGGAGCUCGGCUCUGUAUCCGCUGAGGCUUCUGUUGAGCGAGGUCAACAUGCCGCUGAUACCCACGCCGCCAGCUCCUUCAUUCACCAGCAUUCUCAACGAGGGUCCGGAUUUUCAAGAUGAUGCUCCCUCAUCUACGUCUAAUCCCACGUCUAAUCCCACGUCUACAUCCACAUCCGCAAACACAACUACAACCACAGACACAACCACUUCUAUGUCUGCAUCCGCGUCUACAUCCACCCCUUUAGACUCUUCCUCCUCAUCUGCAUCAUCAUCAUCUUCUUCUUCUUCAAAUACCACAGCCGCAACCGCCGAUGAUCCCCCUUCUUCUGCCAACAAGAAGCGACCAGCGAUCCAUAUCAAGGAUGAUUUUGUGCAGCUACCACAGCCCGCGAAGAAGCCAAAGGCGCACCAGGCUCCCUUCAUGCCACCCAUCAUCAACGGCCUUCUUGAGCCGCCGCCCCAUGUGGCUCUCUUCCCGCCCAUUGAAUCCAGCGCCUUUGACGACACCGAUGCCGGUCAGAGCAAGCUCCUCCAUGAGCUCAGCUACAGCCCUCCGGGCCCCCGCCUGUCUCCGGAGCCUGACCAACCUGUGGCCAAACCAAGGGCAACAAGGAAGCGUUCAAGCAAGCCCAGGCGGAAAUGGACAGAAGAGGAGACGAACCACCUGCUCAAAGGGGUCGAUCGCCAUGGUGUGGGUAAAUGGACCAACAUCUUGGAUGACCCUGAUUAUACAUUCAACUCACGCUCUGCUGGCGAUCUCAAGGACCGCUUCCGUACUUGCUGUCCCGAAGAGAUGCGUGUAAAAGAGGUUGAUGAAGUCAAGGCUCGUGCACGACGACGGCAGCUCAGGAGUAAGCCAAGGCCCAAGUCGCUUUCGCCAAAGAAGAGUCCGGGGAAGACAGUUCAAGAGACCCAAGAGACUCUGCUAGCCGAAGGCGGGCCUCUGUCGGGCAAGGACCCGGCCGCCUCUAUUCCGUUCGAAUUUGAUGACAUGCCCAUCAAGAGGAGUCGUGCUCAUCGGAUGAAAGUGUCGGAUCUCGCGGGGCUCGGCAUCACGGGACCAUUCAGAAGGGCCCGGAGGCGGGAGAGAACUGCCUUUUCCAAUCGAGACGACCAAGAGAUUCUGCAAGGCCUUGAAAAGUAUGGCGCGUCUUGGUCCAAGAUCCAGCGUGAUGAGCGUUUUCACCUUGGCACCCGGCAGCCUACGGACCUUCGAGACCGGGUACGGAACAAAUUCCCCUACAUCUUCCAGCGCAUUGAAAAGGGUGUUUUCCAGCCCAAAGAUGUCAGUGUUACAAACAUCCUCGAGCCAAUGGUCAGCACCACCAUGGUCGGCUCAUUCAAGUCUGCGCCUGCUCCGCCACUUUCAUUAAAGGGCAACCCUGCAAAAGCCUCGCAAGAAGAGUUACCCAAGUGGCCGUUCCUGACGGCUGGCUCGACGGAGCAGCCUCAACAACCGGCUCGUGACACUGACGAGUCUGCGUCCACAGCAGCGGGUGGCGAGAUGGAUAUUUCCAGGCUUUUACUAGACGAUGCUCAGUUGGCACCUGCACUCUCCUAG